AUGUCAAACCUCCGCCUCCUAAUCCGAAAACGCAACCGCGCCCUCAUCCUCGCAAACCCCAAGGCUCCACCUCCACCACCUCCCCUCCCCACCUCCUUCACCGCCGAAAUCAUCUUCCACCCCAACACCCACCCGCAAGAAAUCCCCCUCCCAACCGGCCUCCGCCGCGCCACCCGCACCGUCACCCUCACAAUCGACUUCCUCUCCUCGAUCGACAACGACUCAACUCACGGCGUAGACAGCAUGCCGAUGGAAGAACUCGCUAACUCCGUCUGUCGUGGACCAGAACACCUCAUCGUGUACUGCAAAUUCUCGAAGAAGAAGAAAUUCUCCCUUUUCCGACAUUGGGUCUUGAUGCAGCGGUUUGAGAAGGCUUUGGUGGAAAGUGAGACGUUGAAGAGGUAUGAGAUUUACUUCGAUCAUCCUGGUGCGAGUGGAGAUGGGGGGUGGGAUAUGCUUAACCAGCGUGGUGAGGGUGGGGAGUGGACGAGACCGGCGGUAUACACGGACAGGGAUUGUAGUGACGAUGCGAUGUUCUCGCCGGUGCAGUCGCCUACUAAACUGGGUGAUGAGACUGCGACGACGUCUGAGGAUGUGAGCUAUAUGGUCAACAACACCCUUCGCAAGAGACUGCACAAACUCACCGAGUUCACUGCCACGGUCGUCGUUCGAGCUGGUGCACCGCCUUCCGACCUCGUCAUCGUCCAACCGCCGCCGCAAGCUAAACACGUCCACUUGAGAAUCGAGUUCGCCAACCACUCCAAUCCGGACAACGCGUUCGGAAUGGAGACUGUGCCGAUUGAAGAGCUCGCGACGGCGAUUUGUACCGGACCGCGGGAUUUGUUGGUGAGUUUCCACUUCCCGAAGGGGAUUGCGGAGGAGCAUUGGGUGUUGGUGAGGAGCUUUAGAGAUGUGUUGAGAGGGAGUGAGGGGUUGAGCGGGUGGAAGAUUCUGGUGUUUGCGUGUGGUUGUGGGAAGGAGGCGGUGAAGGUGUGGUCGAGUAGGAGGGGUGGGGAGGACGGGGAUCGGGAGGGGUUGGUGGAGGCGAUGGUGUUGGGAUGA